CCGAUUAACUUCUGAUAAUACAUGUCUUCAUAUCCUGACUUGCUGUCUCAGACAAUUUGGAGUUUCAAACCUUCCACCAUGGUAUCCAGGUGCUUUUAUCUGUUAACAAAACACCAUUCUAGACUUAAUUAAUAUCACAGACGCUUUAGAAAGACAGAUUUGUUGGAGAUCCAUCACUUGCGCUCAUUUUAACUGAUGGACGUCAAAAUGCAAACCGUCGAAGGAAUACCCGUCAUAUCGAGCAACCCAGAAGCAAAUUUAGCUAAAGGAGAGGUGCCUCCUAACCAGAAACCGAAGAAGGCGAAGGACAAGACAGGAACUCCCCCUUCGCGCUUUUCGCUCAGAGUAACAGCUGGCUGGUGGAGGUCUCUACAAUGCGUUGGAAUGAGCUUACACUUCCUAGCACCGCCGCGACCCCCAAAUCCAGAUUUCGUCAAGUCUAUCCCUUCUACCUUGGCUUCCACCGAAGGUCAAUUCACCCUUCAGUUCUACCUCCCCGAAGGCUACACCAAGGAUCCGAAUAGCGAUAAGUGGCCAGUCGUUGUUAACUUUCACGGCGGAGGAUUUACGCUAGGGAACGCAUCAGACGACGCAAGAUUCGCGCGCUUCGUGCUCGAGAAAUGCCACGCAGUAUUUGUCUCUGUCGACUAUCGGCUUGCGCCAGAAUUCCCUUUUCCUACGGCCGUUGACGAUGGAGCCGAUGCAUUAUUACAUAUCAUCAAAAAUGCCAGGGAGCUUCGAGUUGAUAAAAAUAGGAUCGCGACCUCGGGAUUUUCCGCAGGUGGUAAUAUCGCUCUUACAGCUCCGAUUCGCUUGUUUGAGCAUCGAAAAACGGCAGAAGUCCCCGAGUAUCGUAUCGUCGCUAUCGCAACUUGGUACCCGAUAACCGACUACACACUUAGCCGUGCUGAUCGCCGAGCAUCUGCGCUCCGUCCUGAAGCCACCCUGCCGCCGGCAUUAACAAAUCUCUUUGAUGCCUCGUAUCUGUUCCCUCCCGAAUUAGAUCUGGCUCACCCGUUCUUGUCGCCUUCAAGGGCAUCGGAUGAGGUACUCAUGGAUGCGCUGCCUCCGAAUGUGAUAUUUUACACGUGUGAAUGGGACAUGCUGUUGCGCGAGGGUGAGGAACUCGCUCAGCGGUUACAGAAGCCGCCUAUCUCGAAGAACGUCUACUACACCAUGAUAUCUGGCGUGGGGCAUGGUUGGGAUAAGGGGCCGAACCCAGUGAAACCCCCGGUUAAGUCUGAGAAACUAUACGGAGAAUGUUGCCGGAAACUUAAAGCCGUAUUCGAGGAAGAUCAGACACAUGCAAUCCUUCACCUUCCAAUCAAGCUACCUACACUACGGCUUCCCAAACCUAAGAACGGGAACGACGCGGAAUGAAUAGCCACCUGGGUAUGAUAAUGGAACACCAUGUAUAUACGCAAGAAUACCGCCUGGGGCCGCUAACAGUCGUAGAUCCCAUAAUAGACUAGAGAUAAUACCAAUAAAUCAGAUGCCAACA